AUGGCCAUGGACGGAGCGACUAUCCACAAGCUGCUGGGAACGGCCGACAACUCGGGCGAGCCGGAGCCGCUGGUGAAUAAGCAGAGCACCGUCUUGGGCGUCGUCAUCAGCUUCGCGGUUUUGUCGUGGGUGUGCGUCGCAUACCGCAUACAUGUGCGAGCCAAGGUGGUUCAGUCUAUGGGAUGGGAUGAUGUGUUCGUGAUGCUGUCGUCGAUCCAAGUGAACGGGGGGGCAUCGACUUACUCGAAAAAACCACGACUUGCAGCUAUUGACAACAGCGGGUUCCGUUGCGAUCUGCCAACCGAGUUUGGCAUGGGCAAGCACAUAUACUACUUGUCCGCCGACCAGGUCCAGAACUACCUCCGAACAUUUUACGUGGCGAACGCCUCUUACGUGUUGUCGACCGCCUUCAUCAAAAUCUCGCUUCUCUUCCAGUACCUCCGCAUAUUCGAUCAGCCGUCCUUCAGCAGACGGCUCUGCAUCUUCACCAUCAUUUUCACUUCGCUUUGGUCCCUCACCUACUCGUUCCUAGGCUGGGUCCCCUGCCUCCCCGUGAGGGCCUACUGGGACUGGUCCGUCCCGGCCACCCGUUGGGCCUACGGAUCCCUCACCCCCGAGAUCUUCUCGGCCACGUACGAAAGCCAUUCCGCCAUCAACGUCGCGCUGGACCUGCUCGUCCUUGCGAUCCCGAUCCCCAUCUAUUUCGAGACCAACGUGCCGUUCAAGUCCAAACUGGGUCUGCUUGCACUUCUUGCCAUCGGCAUCGCUGUCAACGGCAUCUCCGUGGCCCGUUUCGUCACCAUCCUGCAGCACCGCAGCGCCACCUACCCCACGCUCGACUUCCCCUGGUACGCGCCCAUCAGCAUCGUCCUCUCCGCCGUCGAGGUCGACGUCGCCAUGAUCGCCAGCAGCGUCCCCAUCUUCUGGCCCGUCCUGCGGCAGCGGUUCCCCGGCAUCUUCGUCACCAAGGAGGUCGAGGUCACGCGCGAGGUCCGGAGGCUCGAGAGCGUCGAGCUCGACGACGACGUCGGCGCGGAGGAGGGGCGGAGAUCGAGGGUCGGCAGCGAGGCGAGCCUCCGGCAGGAGAACCGCGGGGGCGAGGGCCUCUACCGCGACGAGUUCAUAGCGAAUCAAGUCGAUCCUUUCAGAAAGAGCAAGAGCGUCGUCACCGAGGUCAAGGCGGGCGAGGGAGAGGACGGCGGGUGGUGGCAGAAGUAG